AUGAUACGGAAACCUAUACGUACAUAUCAAAAGAAAAAUACUGCAAAUUCGUUAAAAAAAUUUAAUGACUUUGUUAAACUAGAUUUAACAUCAAAAACUGAUAACAUUAUUAAAAAACAACAUGAAAUUGAUCAUUUUAAGGGAAAUAAAGAUAGUGAAGGCUCAUUGGAUUAUGAUCCUUUUGAAACAACAUUUGAUAGAAUUGCUAAGGAUGCAGUAGUACCAGCAAUACCACCUGAUUGUAUUAACAAUGACUCGUGGAGUGGUAGUAGUUCUGAUAUGAAUAGUGAAGAAGAAAAUCGUCAAUCUUUAUUUCAUAUUUCAUUUAGUAAUCCUAUUUUUGAUGUUAGUCCAAAUGUGAAACGGAAAAAAAAUGUAAAAACGCAAUCGUAUCAAAAAAAAGUUCAACCCAAGAAUAAAAAAACAUCCGUUAAAGGAACUUUAAAUAAUUCACAGCAUAGCAAAAAUAUAAGAAAAGUUAAGAAAACAAAUCAGACUAAGACUUACAAGACUAAGAAGUCGGAUAUUCUUAAUACUGAUGUUAAUAAUCAGACUAAUAAUGAGAACAUUGUUAACAAUAAUGUUGCCUCUUACAACAGUAAUCAAAAAGAUGAUAUUGAUUUGUGCAAUAAACCACUUAGUCCUUUAAGAGAGAUUACUGAUAAUAUAAAUAAGGAUUCUACAAUAAAUCCAACAAGUAGUACACCUAUUAAUAUACAUAAUAGAAAAAAUGCAUAUUCUCUUUGCUAUUCACCAAUUAAUAUUGAGUCUUUAACAAAAAAUAUUAAUCAUAGCGAUGAAGAUAAAACAGUUUCUAUAUCUCAUAUUUCUACAUCAUUUGAUCCAUUACAGCCAAACAAUUUGCAUGUAUUAAAUCAGACAAAUACAAAUACUUUCAUCAAUGUUGAAUCAGAUACAAAGGAUAAGAUUUCAUAUAUGGAAGACAAAGAAACAUCAACAUCAAAUGAUAAUUUUUCAACUAAUGAUGGUAUUAAAAUUGAUGAACAAGAAAAAGAAAUAUUAAAUUUAGUAAAUUCUAAACAAAAUUUAAAUUUUAUCAAUAAUAGAGAAGCAUAUGCUACAACAUUUAUAGAUGAUAGCAUUGAUAUUGCAUUAAGACAAAAGAAUGAUGAAACACAGCAGGAAAAUAAACCAUUAUUGAAUCAUAUCAAUUUUUCCACAGAAACACAUAGUAGGUCACUUUCUUUAUUUGAUGAUUAUGAAAAUAAAUUACAUACUUCGGAAGAUGACAACAGAAUGAGUGCUAUAACAAAAAAAUCAUUUAUAAAUACGAAUGUAUGUGAAAGUAAUGCUAAUACUGAAUUAAAGUAUGAAUCUAUUACUUUAGAUAAGGAUAAUACCGAAGAAAUAAUUACAUCAGAAGUAUUAAAGGAAAAAGAGCUACCACCUAUAACAAUUACAAAGCAACAAUUACAACCCAUUAUGGAAUAUAUUAAGAAUGAAGAUGAAGAUAUGGAAGAAAUAAGUUCUAACAAAUUAAUGAAUGAAAAUCAUAUAUUCACUCAAUUGAAAAAUUCCGUACAAAUUACUAAAAGAAGACAACAACAUGAAAGAAAAGAAAAAUACAAACUAAAUGAUAUUUAUGAAGAUGGAAUUGAUAUUAAUCGAUGUUCACAAAGUAAAAUGAAAACAUUUAAUGAGAAAUUAAAUGAAGAUAUUUUGAGUGAAAAUACUAUAAAAGACUCAGCUAAUAAUUCUGUAAAUAUUACUACACAUUGUGAUGAACGAAAUUCAUUAAUCAACAAAGAAAUACCUGCUUUAUCACAAAAGUCUAUAUUUUUAAAACCAGGAAAAUCUUGGGCACGUUCUUUAUCCAUUUUAUGUAACUUUCAAAAUGGAUUAAAUUUAAAUAGAAUAUCUAUUCAAAAAGGUAAAAGAUGGAGACAUAGUGUCAAGGAUAUAUUAGAUAUGCAGAAAAAGGACUUUUAUUCAAAAUAUUCAGAAGUAGAUGAAUAUUUGGAUAAAUCUCAAUUGACUGAUAUAUGUGAUACAAAUCAGUCUGGCAAUUCACAAAGAUUUCCUAAAAGAACUUCUAUUCGUGUCGUGCGUGAUAGUAGAAUUAUCAAAAAUGCUAGCGAUACUUCAUUUCUUGAAGUAUUUGGAAUUGAAACUAACAUAAAAAAUAGACUUACAUUACCGAAAAAUAAUCGUGACACUGAAUACAGUACUCAAACUAAUCACGUGGAAAGUAAUUUUGUUGAAAUUCCUUUAUCAAAAACAGCAAAAGAUGUUAUUUUACAAAAAUGUUCUCAACAAAAUUAUCUACCAUUUACAGAAAUGUUUUCAACAUCGUAUUUGAAAUUUUGUCAAAAAAUAGGAGAAGGUGUCUACGGAGAAGUAUUUCUUCAUGAAAAGGAUGGACAAAAAUCUGUUUUAAAGAUUAUACCUAUAGAAGGUGAUCAAUUAGUUAAUGGUGAAUCACAAAAGAAAUUUAAUGAAAUACUCUCAGAAAUCGUUAUUGCAAAAGAGUUACAUAAUUUAAGAUUCAAUAAAAGGCACAGCACAAAUGGAUUUGUCGAAGUGAAAAAUAUUAAAUGCAUUCAAGGAAAGUAUCCUGAAGAAAUGAUAGACUUAUGGAAGUAUUAUGAUGAAAAAAAAAGAUCUGAAAAUGAUUGUCCAUCAAUAUUUGAUGAAAAGCAACUUUACAUUUGUUUUGAACUUGGUCAUGGUGGUGAGAAUCUUGAAUCUUUCGUAUUUGAAACAGCUGAAGAAACACAUACAUUGUUUAUACAGACUACAUUAGCAUUAGCGAUUGCUGAAAGAUCACUUAAAUUUGAACAUAGAGACUUGCAUUGGGGGAAUGUGCUAAUUUCUCGAACGGAUGAACAAUACAUAAACUAUACACUCGAUAAUAAAGAUAUUUUAGUUCCAAGUAAUGGUAUAAAAGUAUGUAUUAUAGAUUUUACUCUUUCAAGAAUGUCUUAUGAAGGGUGUUGCAUAUUCAAUGAUUUAGCAUCAGAUCCUGCUUUAUUUACCGCUCAAGGUGAAUAUCAAUUUGAUAUUUAUCGUCUUAUGAGAGAUAAAGUAUUUAAUAAUUGGCAAGAAUUUGAGCCAUAUACAAAUGUUUUAUGGUUACAUUACGUCUUAGAUAAAAUGAUAACAAUGGUAAGAUAUAAAAAGAAAAAUCUAAAAAAGCACAAAAAUUCUAUAAUUCAACUUAAGAAUCUAAAAGAAAUAAUAUUAUCCUAUUCAAGUGCUUUUGAUCUUGUAAAAAAUUGUACAAAAAUAUCAAAUUUUUUAAUGAAACGAUAAUGCCUUCAAAAACUUAGUAGUUCUCGUAUGGUUGCAAAAGUUAAGCAACAAUUGGUACAGUUAAUACUUGGAUAAUUGAUAUAACAAAAUGAUAAAAAGUGUGGAAAAGUGUGGUUUAAAAUAGCACAUUAGCAACAUUAAUGUAAAAUAUACCAAUUAUGUCUAUUGUAAAAAAUUUUUUUAACGGUAGUAUAU